AUGGAAUCGACUCUUUCUGAAGCCUACGACAAAGAGAACCAGAUUAUCGACAAGAAUUAUUUGAGAUGUAAUAUUUGUGGAGAUGUCGCCAAUGGUGUGCACUAUGGAGUACCGGCGUGCGAGGGAUGCAAGAAAUUCUUCAGCCGUAUGCAUAACAAACAGGAAUACGAAUUUCUAUGUAGAAAAGGAAACAACUGCUUCAAAAACGGAAUUGACAGGGAAUCACGCAACAGUUGUCAAAGUUGUAGAUUGGCAAAGUGUCGACAGGCAGGAAUGAGAUAUAAUUGGAGACACGGGGCUUCUAAAACUCAUGCUAAACAGAAGGGCUCUCCCGACAACAUAUCUAUCACUUCACCUUCUGUAACUCUUGAAUCAAAUGAAUCAAAUGAAUCAACCUCGAAAUGCCAGACAACUGCGGAAAGUGAACAUCCACGUUGUGAAGUUUGUGGCGCCUACUGUGAUGAGCGAUAUAGUACUAAUAGAGUACCGGCGUACUGCGAAGCGUGUAAGACUGUCUAUUCUUCGCAUAUUAAAGAAAUAAAGAUGUUUCAAUGUGAAAAGGAUGGGAAAUGUGUUAUCAACAAGUGGACACGUGACAAAUGUCAAUCUUGUAGAAUGGGCAAAUGUUUGGAGGCUGGAAUGAACUACGGAAUCCGAAAAGUUUUGAAACGAAUAAUCUGCUCUGAAAGUUCUUCGUCAAUUGAAAAUAAACAGGUAGCUAAGGACAUUUUCAGUGGAUAUAAAAAUAGCCUUACAUAUCAUCUCAAAGAUUUCCAGAACGCUUCUGCGGCUGAUUUUCAUUUGACCCGCCACACCAAUUACCUGAUUGACCUACUCAACGCUUGGCAGGUGUAUGCACCAGUUGUAGACUAUGAAGCCAAGCAAACCCUUCAGUUUGUCCGUAACCUGCCUCAUUUCAAUCUGUUUGGCAUGAACGACAAGAUUAUCCUAUUCAAGAAAAAUUGUUUCCUGAUGUUUCUAUUGAGACAUGUUCUUAGUUUCUCAAAGAAUGGACUUCAGCUCCCAAUUUUGAUUCCUUAUGAUACUUUGGCAGCAGUUUAUGGGAGAUUGAUCACUGAAAUUAUCUCGUUGGCAGAAAAUAUCAAGAGAAUGGAAUUGAAAAUUCAAGAAAUCGCAGUUUUCACUGCUCUCGUUUUCUUCCAGCCCGACGGUUCGACUGAAAUUAAAGAUAAAGAAAGACUGGAGGUGGUAUGCGAAUACUAUAAAUUGCUACUUGACCAAGAAAUGAGUGAACGGUCUAAAAAGCUUGAAAAAUUGGUGGAUUUAAUGCCGACAUUGCAAAAAAUGAACAAAGACCACAACAAAGUCGUCAAUUCCUUGAGAAUGUAUUCUCAAUUCAUCAACUAUCCUCCUCUUUUCUGCGAGAUUUUUGAUAUCCAAAAACAAAAACCAGUGGAGCAGAAUAUUCCUGAGAACCAAUCUGAACUGGAACUCGAUUAUGUUGAAAUUGAAAAUACAGAAUAUGAACUGAUGAAUGAUGAGAAUGAAGAAAUCCGACUGGACGAGUACUUGGAAGAUAAUAUCGAGUUACAGGAUGUUUGCUAA